AUGCACAUCCUCCUGUUUCUCACUUUUCCUCUCCUCUCCUCAUGCAACAGCAUCUCCAAGAUCUCAACUCCAUAUGGGACCUGGAACCUGAAGUUCGGCACAACCGAGGUUCACAAUAACAUAACCCUCUACAUCUCGCGCCCACCCUCCGACUCCUCCGCCACCGUCCACCCAAACACCGCAAUCCUCUACCUAACCGACGUCUUCGGCCUCGCCCUCCCCCAAAACCUUCUUCUCGUCGACUCCUUCGCCCGCGCCGGCUACCUCACCGUCGCACCGGACCUCUUCUCCAGCUCUCCUGCUCCGGGCGACAUCAACGUGCCCGGCUUCAACACGACCUUAUUCCUCUCUCAACACCAGCCCAACGUCACGGAUCCUAUCAUCGCUUCCACCAUCUCUUCUCUUCGUUCUUGUUUGAACGUAACCCGCAUCGGAGCAGCGGGGUACUGUUACGGCGGCCGCUACGCCUUCCGCUUCCUCGACGAUACUAGACCACCAGAAGGGAGGGUAGACGCAGCAUUCACUGCUCAUCCCAGUCUGCUGGAGAAUCAGGAGAUACUGGGUAUCCAAGGGCCUGUGAGCGUGGCGGCCGCGGAGAAUGAUGAGUUGAUGCCGCCGGAGAGGAGAGCGGAGAUUGAGGCGCUGUUGAGGCAGACGGGGAGGGAGUACAUGGUUAGUUUAUACUCAGGUACGGGACAUGGGUUUGCGGUCAGCGCGGAUUUGAGUGAUAGGGCACAGAGGUUUGCGAAGGAGAGCGCGUUUUUGCAGGCGGUUAGGUGGUUUGGGGAAUGGCUUUGA